CCUGUUUCUUUUUCACGUUCAGAAACAGAAGACCAAGCACGUGUUAGGUUUCAAGUUGAACUGGAGCUUGUACAGUGUCUCGCCAAUCCUCAUUAUCUCAAUUGUAAGUGUCUGUGUUGUUUCUCAAGUCUUAUGUCCUAGCUGGAGCUUUAGGAUGUCUUAUCUUAAAAUGAAAGAUAAAUGCAAAUGGAACACUUGACGGCCCACUCCGCUCAUGUUCAACAGAAUACAGAGACAUGCAUAUUGAAACAAUGUUUAAAACCUUCCCCUAAGGCUGGCGGUAUGCCGGGGCGAGGGGGGGUGGGGGGACGGGGAAGGGUCCCAUUUGAAAGUUAAGGGUUAGGGUUAGCAGGGCUGGACAUUAACAGCUGCACCCAGGGCAACUAAAAAUUUUAUCCAGGCAAUUAAUUUAAGUAUCCUAGUUGCCCGAUCAGGCAACUGCAAUUUCUGUGAAAGUUGUAGGUUAAUAUGACAUGACUCAGUAUUUUUGUAUCAAGUCUAUCUUUUGUAUUAUCAAAACUGUUUUAUACUUGUAAAGGUUUGUAUUUACAUGCAUCAUGCGCGACUGCAGAAAAUUAAAAAAGAUUGAAAUAUGAUCUUGAAUAGUCACCGCAAAUCAUUUUCAAAAACUGGAAUGUUUUUGCGAGCCUUUCGCAAAAGUUACCACAAAACGUACAGCAAAAAAUUAGGGGGUGUGGUUAACCUUGAAUAAAUGAUAAAAGAAACCUUUGAGUGUACCUUUCGUGUUCGCAGCAAGAUAAAAAAUGCUAAAAACCUGCAGGAGUAAUGUCACAAGUAAUUUGAGACCUCUUGCUUUUCCACAAAUCGCAACUUUUUAUCAGUUUUUACUUCAUGCAAUAGCGGCCUAACAUUUCUAAUGCUGGGGGAAAAGUCAUGAUUUUAAUAUCGAAGGGGUUGGGGGGGGCGGGGGAUAGGAUCCUUUUGUCCCUGUUCAUGCAUCCCUUUUUUUAUCCCAGAUAAGGUAUAUCAAACAAGUAAAGCAAUUAAUUCUCUAUACUCAAGCCCCAUUCGUUUUUACACUGCAUUUUUUCUACAGUGUAACAUUGUUGUGGAAAAAUCUCCUUGGGGGCAAGGGGGGGGGGAGUACUCAACAAAGGUUUAUAUGGGUAGGCCCUACCCCAAGGUUCAAACUUUGUAUCCCUUUAACUUCUGUAAAUGCACUGUUUUUAGAAUAAUGAAUAAAUUACAAAACAAGAACAUUCUUCGACUUUUUGACAGCCAUAAAAUGCAUCUGUUUUUUGGGGGACUUUUUUACAGACGGAAAUGACAGAUUUGCCUACCCUUUCAUGUACUUCAUUAAGUGAAAUGCCUACCCUUUCAUACACCUGAAGCCUAAAAAAGGUGCCCCCUUUCAGGUGGAGCCUCCCCAUAUCGGCUUUUAUAGGGACCACCCUUCUCCCCCCCCCCCCCCCCCCCCCCCCCCCCCCCCCNCAGUAUUUUUGUAUCAAGUCUAUCUUUUGUAUUAUCAAAACUGUUUUAUACUUGUAAAGGUUUGUAUUUACAUGCAUCAUGCGCGACUGCAGAAAAUUAAAAAAGAUUGAAAUAUGAUCUUGAAUAGUCACUGCAAAUCAUUUUCAAAAGCUGGAAUGGUUUUGCGAGCCUUUCACAAAAGUUACCACAAAACGUACAGCAAAAAAAUGGGGGGUGUGGUUAACCUUGAAUAAAUGAUAAAAGAAACCUUUGAGUGUACCUUUCGUGUUCGUAGCAAGAUAAAAAAUGCUACAAACCUGCAGGAGUAAUGUCACAAGUAAUUUGAGACCUCUUGCUUUUCCACAGAUCGCAACUUUUUAUCAGUUUUUACUUCAUGCAAUAGCGGCCUAACAUUUCUAAUGCUGGGGUGAAAAGUCAUAAUUUUAAUAUCGAAGGGGCUGGGGGGGGUGGGGGGUAGGAUCCUUUUGUCCCUGUUCAUGCGUCCCUUUUUUUAUUCCAGAUAAGGUAUAUCAAACAAGUAAAGCAAAUUCUCUAUACUCAAGCCCCAUUCGUUUUUACACUGCAUUUUUUCUACAGUGUAACUUUGUUGUGGAAAAAUCUCCUUGGGGACAAGGGGGGGGGGGAGUACUCAACAAAGGUUUAUAUGGGUAGGCCCUGCCCCAAGGUUCAAACUUUGUAUCCCUUUAACUUCUGUAAAUGCACUGUUUUUAGAAUAAUUAAUAAAUUACAAAACAAGAACAUUUCUUCGACUUUUUGACAGCCAUAAAAUGCAUCUGUUUUUUGGGGGACGUUUUUACAGACUGAAAUGACAGAUUUCCCUACCCUUUCAUGUACUUCAACAAGUGAAAUCCCUACCCUUUCAUACACCUGAAGCCUAAAAAAGGUGCCCCCUUUCAGGUGGAGCCUCCCCAUAUCGGCUAUUAUAGGGACCACCCUUCUCUCCCCCCCACCCCCCUCCCUCCCUGGAAAUAAUCUCACAAAGAAUGUCAGAGCUAUCAGAACCUAGAAGUUUUACAGGCUAGCACAGUCUGAUUAUUGUAUGGCUGGUUCAAUUUAUAUUUUUUAUUAAAUUAAUAAGAACAAUAAUUUAUUGUUCUUUUUCUGUUUGCAUGCACAGUUUUGGCCCAGAGAGGUUACUUCAAAGACCAGUCUUUCAUAAAUUACCUCAACUAUCUUCUGUACUGGAAGAAACCAGAGUAUGCAAAGUUCCUAAAGUAAGUUAAAACUUUUUUAAAAAAUUCACACUGUUAUAUCUCAAGGUGGUAUGCUGGACUUCCCAGGAACAGAAUCAACAUUGUGCUUCAUUUCUAGACUUCAUUUAAUUUUGAUUUCUUUAUGUUUCAAACUUAUUAUCGUAAAUUUCCAUACCCAGAGAACAAACAGAAGUGGACUUAAAAUCCAAAAAAUAAAAUCGAACCACAACUUAUACAAUAACAUUAAAAGGUUAUUUUAUAAGUUGUGUUUCAAUUUUAGUUUGUACAUAAAAGUAAUCUUAAGAAUAUUCUGGGCAGAUUGUAUAAUUGUAAUAAUUUGUUAGCCAAGGAAGAGAAGUCUGAGUCUAAGUUUUUUUUGUUUUUGUUUUUGUUUUUUUUUUUAACACUUCUGUGAGCAUGGCAAAAGUGUCUGUUUUAGUAGGGAGGGUCAUGCUCGAUUUUAUGCAAAUUGCAUAUUCUUUGUUGGAUUUAAUUUUCACUAUUUAGGCUAAGAACGACUUGAAUUUUUUUUUGAGUUUUCAUACUUUCUUUCAGAUAUCCCCAGUGCCUACAUUUUCUGGAACUUCUCCAAUAUGAACAUUUUCGUCGAGAACUUGUCAACCCUGCAUGUGCCAAGUUCAUUGAUGAACAGCAAAUUCUCCACUGGCAGUAUUACUGUAGGAGAAGAAUGAGGAUGACUUUACCAAAACCAGGACAAACUGGUUCUGAACCAUCCGAGCAGUGA